CAAAGUUUACCAGCAACGUUUGUACGCGGAGUUUGAGUCGUCAUGUUGGUACACAAAUAACUUACAGAAAUAACUUUUUGUUAAUGUUUUUGAAAGAAUAAAGUUUUUUGUUUUUUUUUUCGUUUGGGGAUGGAGGGGAGAGUUAUCGGAGCAGGGCCGUACAGAGCGACCAAGCUGUGGAAUGAAACCAUUCAGCUUUUCCGGGGAGGCAUGCCGUUAAGACGACACUGGGCACACUUCCGCUAUUAUGAUUGCACAUUCACAGGGUCCGAGGCCGUGGAUUUUCUCUACCAGCUUUUGCGGCAUAACUGCAAUUUUGGGCCAGAGGUGACUCGCUACCAGACCUUACAGCUGCUCAGGAAGUUUCUUAAGGCUCACGUUGUUGAAGACAUCAAGGGGCGUCAUGGAACCGAGGAUUUUGAAGACAAUAGUCAUUUGUACAGAUUCCCCACUCUAUCCCCCCUGAAGUCUUUUCCAUCAAGAUCUCUGUCAAGAGACAGUACUGACCUGCCGAGACUCAUUCGCUGGGAUGACUACGAAGAGUUACCACAGCAGGAGAACAUGGCGCCCGUGAAGUCUGCUGGCAUGGCUUCUGAUUUUUGGAACAAAAGGCAUAGUGUAGCCAUAGGAGAUGUGCAUGAAUGCAAGCUCAUUCGUAAAAAAGACAUCACUCCCAAACAAGUCGACAACAUAUGGAAAUCAAUGACAGCUGCACAUUUGCAGCGAGUGUUGGGCCUGACAACAUUGGAUGGCGUGUUAAAUCCAGCACACGUGAAAGGCGAAUACAUUGUGCAUAAUGUAUUCAAGGUCAAUAAGUCGGGCAUUGUUGUGUUGGAGAACAAAAGCGAUGACAUGCCCUACUGGGUGAUAUCAGCAAUGAAAUGCUUGGCUAACUGGCCUAACCAAAAUGAAGCCAAUCAACCAGUGUACAUGGGUUUUGAGAGAGAUGUCCUGAAAACAGUAGCCGAUUACUUUCAGAGACUCAAAGAACCCUUGCUGACUUUCCGUCUGUAUGAAGUUUUUGUCAACAUACUCAGUUUGCUACACGAACAAGACUUAGCUACAGAGGCUCUUCAAGUCAGCACCCUUUUAUUGCCGCCGCCCAAUCGAAGGCGUCUCCAACUAUUGCUGAGACUCAUGGCGCGGGUCUCCCAGAACACUCAAUUGCCUCAGUUCAAUGACGCGAUUGCCACCCGCACACUGAUGGUGCAAAUGUUCUCUCACUGCGUACUGGGCUCUGUGGAUGAGAUGGACUUGGAUGAGCUGCUUGCCUCCAAAUUGGUGACUUUUAUGAUGGAACACCACAACACAAUCUUUCAAGUGCCCACCAAGCUGCGUUGCCAAGUUGAGGAGCACCUUUCCCACCUCAGAAGAGUUCAGAUAAAAUAUGCCGGUUCCGAUACAGACUUCAGCACACCUCCAGCUUUUAGUAAACUCAUCAGCCGAGUGAAGUCAGAAGAGCAGAAGGUGAUUGGCACCCAAACUCCGCUGCAGGAGCUGCUCGAAGGCCUGAUUGCCGACAAAGACCUUCCCGCCAAGGACAAGAGGAAAAGGCUUAAACAGUUCCAAAAGUCUUACCCAGAAAUCUACCGCAAUCGAUUCCCCUCUGAGGAAAGUAAAGCUGCUGUCAUACCUGAGAAAACCACUGGCCUCAAAACUCAUCUCAUGUUUUUUAAUCUCAAGAAACCCUUUUCUCCUUUCCAGAGAAGCUGGAGUUUUAGGGCAUAGACACCCCCCUAACUCAUAUUCCCGCAGGUUUUCUGAUUUGCUCGGUGUGUUUUCACUGGUUUAAAUCAAGUUGCAAAAUCAAAUUUGGAAAUACGGUAUAUGCUUUUAGAAAGUGACAACCUAUAUGGAAUGUUUCCAUAGAUUUGAGCAUACUUUGUUUUUGUUUAGCGCCAUGUGUUUACAAAAUGGUUUGUUUCACACAUUUAGGGGAAAGAGGAAGGCAACAAAAACAUUUUGUUAGGCACUUUCUUACGGAGAUUUAUAUCUGAUAUACAGGUUGGACCUCAAUAUACUUGAAAAAAAAAGACAGUAUUAACUAGGGGUGCAUGAAAAUUACCGGCCUGAUUAAAGGAAUUAUGAUGUCACACAGAUAAAGCCGAUUAAAAAAACUUUUUUUUAAAAACGGUCCAAUGAGGCAAGAUUACCCGAUACUGUGCUUCAGUAGGUGGUUUAGGGUGAUUAAACCAUGUGCUCCUGCUUCGUAGUAGGUCCCAACUUCCCUUAAGCUCACUAACCCUCAGUUUAAACAAACAUAGCGUCGGUUGCGUUUGACUUUUUUACACGUUCAAAGGAAGACAUCAAAUGUCCUGUAAACACUCAGCGAGGAAGAAAACAAAAACACUGACUUUUGACGCAUCAAACCUCACUUGCCUCCUUAAAACGCAGCCAGAACCAUGCCUUAAAACGGAACUUCACUUUUUGGGGGAAUGUUGCCUAUUGUUCACAAUCAUUAUUAGAGAAGAGAACACACAUUUAUUUUUUUAUUUUUUAGGACUCUAAAGAUGAUAAAAACGCUAGCAAAAUGUGGCUAAUGGGUGUCACCCUAUGCAGCCUUCAAAAGCCUCUAAAACAACUUAAAAACCCACUGUCAACCUGUCAUGUACACGCUUCAAGUAUAUAUAUAUAGUGUAGUAACAGACAUAUUCAUAACAAUAUGUAAUUUGUACAAUUUUUACUGUAUUUUGGUCAUUUUAAUCAUAGAUUAAAGAUUAAAGUACCAAUGAUUGUCACAAACACACUAGAUGUGGUGAAAUUUGUCCUCUGCAUUUGACCCAUCCCCUUGGGGAGCAGUGGGCAGCAGCGGCGCCGCGCCCGGGAGUCAUUUUGGUGAUUUAACCCCCAACUCCAACCCUUUGUUGCUGAGUGCCAAGCAGGGAGGUUAUGGGUCCCAUUUUUAUAGUCUUUGGUAUGACUCGGCUGGGAUUUGAACUCCAACCUACCGAUCUCAGGGCGGACACUCUAACCUGAGAUCGGUAGGUUGGAGUUCAAAUCCCAGCCGAGUCAUACCAAAGACUAUAAAAAUGGGACCCAUAACCUCCCUGCUUGGCACUCAGCAACAAAGGGUUGGAGUUGGGGGUUAAAUCACCAAAAUGGUUCCCGGGCGCGGCGCCGCUGCUGCCCACUGCUCCCCAAGGGGAUGGGUCAAAUGCAGAGGACAAAUUUCACCACGUCUAGUGUGUUUGUGACAAUCAUUGGUACUUUAAUCUUUAAUCUAUGCAGGAACUUCUUUCCUCAGCGCGUUUAUUUCUAUUUCCACAGCAGCGUACUUUCGGCAACAAACGUUAGUGUGUUGUAAUCAUGGCAGACUUGGUAAUAGAAGAGGAAGAUGACUAUUUUUGACGAUUCACAACCUUAUUUUUUUUUACCUGAAUAUACGGACGAUGAACUACUGGUUAUAGAAGCAAGCACGAAGAAAAGGGUGAAACUUUGGAGCAGUUGGAAGCCAAGAGAGUGAGGUCGGCGUGACUUGACCAUGUAAAUGUGGAACUUGGAGCCGAGCUAUGCCGACAGAAAUGGCGUACUUACCCCAAAAUCAACAGGAAAAACGUUCCCGGCCAGCUGGACCAAAUGGACAACUGUCCAUCGAGUAAGUGACUAUUAUAUUGAUCAUGACAUGCAGCACGUCAUGCGUGUUGUUACAACUACAGUACAUACGAUGUCGAGCUGGCUGCGAGCUGGGCUAAUACUUUACAGAUACUCUAAUAUGAUUGUUCAUGUUUUUCAGUCAGUUCAGUUUGGUGUCUUAUUGCAUUGUUGUGCAUUACAAAGGCAAAAGCCAUUCAGCUGUUGACGCAGUAGUCAGUUUAUCCCUUGCCGGAGCUACCUUACGGCUAAUGCCGUCGCAAGGCGAUAUGUUACCGCGCUAGAAGAAGAGUUCCUCAGUGUUCGCUCUUACAAUAACAAAGUCGCUACAGCUUAGUUAUUAUACAGGUUACAGAACAUAAAUGAAGUAUUAUUGGUGGUUUCUGCAUGCAGUUUCAAAGUGAUUUAGAUGGGUAGUGGAUUGACCGCAUUAGCUGCAUUGCUAUCCACCUAGAACAAGCCAAUUAUUACAAAUUCGAAUGCAAAAAAAAAGGUAUUGGGUCUCAUAAGAAUUGAGAAUCAUGAAUAUUGAGAACGAUAGGCAAAAUUCCCGCUCAAAAAGUACAGUUCCCCUUUAAACUCCCAUGAAACUCGCCAGCCGCAAAGAAAAGCAAUUGGGCGUUCACCCAGAGCCACUUUGUCUAAGAAGUGCAAAUAGCCCACCAGAGUCGACCCCAAGGUCAAAGAGAUCCGCAAUGUCCUCAUGAAAAUAAAAUGAGAGCGGUACGACUCGGCCGCUCAGGUGGCCGUGGAGGAGGGAGACGCAGAGCCACUCUCCUCCAUUUGUGUUCCACAGCCAAGCAUGCCAAACUAUCAAUCAAAGACACCAAGACAUGACAAAAAAGAAUCUGGACACACUGGAUUGCUUCCCUCAGCGGCAAUACGCCACUGGAAGCAACCCCAUAGAUACAUGAAUCAAUGAUACAAUUAACAGCUGCUAUUUCAGAAAUACUAAAAAAAACAAAAACCCACCAUUGCGGAAGAAAUAGUACCGUGUCGGCCAGCAGACCACCUGGAGGCAUGGUUUGUACUUCUGAGCUGCUGCUAUUUUUCGGAAGUAUGUUUGCUAGCAAAAUACAUUGUGAUAGCCGCACUCCUGCACACCGGUGGAUGACAUAAGAAUCACUACUGAUGUAUGGAUGUGAUGUUAGCUCUUUCUCAGGUGUGAUGCCAUAUUUGGUUAGGACAAAAUCUGCAGGUACAGUUUGUCAUAUCCACCUUUAAGUCGUCUUUUACCUCCAGGAGUGCACAAAAUACAGUCAAAUAGACAUUUAAAAAAUAAGAAAUAAGUUAUUAGAAUUGGUCUUGCUAGCAGGAGGUUAUCUGUAUUGGCCUACAAAAUUGUGCAUCCCUAGUAUGAAAGAAUGAAUAGCAAAGAUACUGUUAAGCAAUUUAGAUGGUCCAAUUUAAUCAGAUUCAAAAAGUUAACUGAAACUACUAAUACAGUACUGAACACUGCUAACAAGAAAUUAGAAUUUCAACGAUAAACUUUAUAUAAGUUUAUUUGCAGUACUAGCACUAAAAUAAUCACUGCUGUUUCUUAGAAUGAAUUCAAUUUUGUGACUACUUGACAAGAUGUAAUUGUAAUCUAAGGAUGUUGAAUUUUAGUAUUUGCAUUUCAGUAAUCUUCAGGUAUUUCUGGGUCCAAACAUUGUGUCAUGGUAAAUAAAGUAAACAUAGUUUUAUAUUUUGGUACAUAACUAUUUAGUUUUUAUUAACUGGUAAACAGUUUAAUGAACUUGACGCUUACAUUUUUUUAUUUUUUUAGGUUUAUAGUAAUCAUGAUGCUGUAUGCAACUUUUUGUUGUUGUUAAAUCAUAUAUUGUUAUAAUCAGUGUUUGGUUUGAGAGGGUAUGUUACUACUGGUAAAUCUAACUAAAAUAAUUACAAUCAAACUUUCUUAAAAAUAAAUGUGAUGGGUAGCUGUACAAUUAUUAACUCGCAUAAAACAGGCAAAGCUCAAUGUCAGCAAUUUUUACUUGCUUUUUCCUAAAGCCGUCUUUACACAUCUUAUCUUAUGUGCACUAAAUAAUACUCGUAUCUGUUACAUUUUAUGUUGAAUAGAUAUUCUUAAAUAAUGGGUACAUGUUUGUAUGUGUGUAAAACUGAAAAGGGUAUUUCAACACUGCUGUAUUCUUAGCUGUCAGGUUCACUUCAAGAUUGUCUAAAAUAUGUUUUAUUUUAUAAAUGCAAAUCGUGUUAAAUACACUAAAAUCAUUGUAACGAUACUGGAACAACUGUUACACUUGAACUUAAUGACUGCUGGAGAGUGAGGCAUUAGAUUUACUGUACAUUUUAAAUGGAAUGUUUUGUUUGUCUAGUAAUAUCUUAUAUAGUGUGAGGACAUUAUUCCUCACUAAAGAAUCAAUGGUCUAAUUUCAUUUUAAUUAUUUUCAUAAUAAAUAGCUCUGCAACAGCAGAGCAAA